AUGGUGCAGGCCGAUGAGAGGACGGAAGUCCGGUAUUUGUUGAAUUUGCUGAGGAGCAGCGGCCAUAGGAGCAACAAGGCGCUGCACAUGUCUCUGAUUGGCAAUCUGGUGUACUAUGUUCCCCGGCUCAAGGACCCGAAAUUGCUCGCCCAGUUGGCGAACGCUCUGUUUGACUCCACUUUGUGGUUUCAAGAGGAUGUGGACCCAUCAAGGCUGCUAGACAUGGCACAAGGAAUGUUUUACUGGAAACUGGAGAUCAGCGAGCCCACUUUACCCAUCGAGGAGUUUUACAGCAUUUGGAACAAUAUAUUCUGCGAGAACCAAGGCUGGUCAGUUUACAAGCUGGCGAUUUUGAGCGGGGCAUGUAGUACUCUCGACAGAUACACCCAAUUGCAGAGCCAGUAUUACAUAGUUGAGAGUCCCAGGUGGAUAGAUGGACUAUACCAGAACUGGAAAUACAAUAUUUUCUUGAGAUCAUGGAGUCAAUUUCUGAGCAAGAGCUCAGACGAUAGCAAGAAGGACGUUCCUCGGAUUGAAGUGUUGUGCUUGCUAUACUGCCCAAUAAGUAGACACCACGACGUAUCACGAUGCCACGCCCAGAAUGUGCACUUCCCAUUGUCGUUUGUGAUAAUUGCUUUGAUUAACCUAGCUAUUGUUUAUGCAAUUGACCAUCCUCCAGAAGACGAAUUCCUGUCACGGAACAUAAACCAAGUUGCUCGGACUUUACAAAUCCUAUUACCACAAUGCGACAACCCUAAGGAAAUUAGCAUGGUACUCGACGAAUUAUGCGUUGCUUGUUUCAACAUCUCAUACAAGGAAUCUAGUAGUGACAUGCCAAACAAAGACUAUUCGGGCGUAAAAUACUACUCAAAUACUUUAUUAACCUUCACCCUAACUUUUAAAGGAAUACUUGACACUAAGAUGAAAAAACCAAAGACCAUUUUCUACCAAAUACUUACUUGCAUGUACUAUUUGAAUUUCAUUGCACUAGAUUUUGGUACCAUUGGCUUUGAGUCAUACGAAUACACACAUAAUGCAUCUAUAGCUGGGAUAACAUCUAGUGGGGACCAGCUGACUGUUUAUUCUAACCUACUCAGCACAUUCAACAAUAACAUUUGGCAUACUUUAAAAUAUCCGAACAAGAUCAACGACGCUAAGUUGCUUUUCCUUUUAGAUUUCCUCAAAAGGUCAAUUGAGAUUACUUCACUGGAUUUUGGUUCACGUAUGUCCACGUCUGAUUUCAUCAACAACACCAUCUUACCGCUAAAGAUGCAGUAUUUAAACUCACAAGAUGAAACGAUUAGAGACUCCAUGCAUUCUGUUAUGCUAGCUGUUUUUCUAAAUAACUCAUCUGGCUAUGAAUUGAUGGCGUGGCAAAGAAAGAGCUUCUUGAACUAUUUAUCCACUGCUGUUGAACAGUACGUAAUUCACAAUAUGCUAAAGCCUGAACAAAUUAUACACAUAUACCAAUCGAUGGCGUUCCGUAUGACUAUCCUCGACAAAAUUAAACUCGAGGAUGAAGAGUGUACUCUGGUCCGCGAAACUCUCAAUUACACGUACUUACAGGUUAAAAACGCAAAAUUCAAGGAGCAGAAAAUAACUCUUCUGAAAUGCUUGAUAUACAUGAUACCAUACAUCAACCACGCUUAUAUCUUAGUGUGGCUGAACAACAUUAUGCAACUUUUUGACCAGGAACUGGGUGUCACUACCCCCGAUGACCAACAGCUGCUUUACAACACUUUAUGGGAAGUCAUACCAUUGGUGAAGUCCACUGAUGCGGCACUAAUAUGGUGGUACUCUACCAUUGUUCCUCGUAUCAGGCACAGCAAACUAUAA